AUGGACCGCUCCGACUCGGGCCUAAUCCGCUGGUCCCCCCACGCCUCGCGCGACUCCUUCCUGCACAUCAACCUCCAACACCGAGUCAUCCAACUCUACGAGCCCACCGGCCUGGCCCGCUCCAACGGCCGCUUCGAACACCGCAAACUCGCCAAACACGACGAUUUCCCGCCCCUCACCACCUACGACUGGUCGCCUACCGUCCCCGGAUUGGUGGCUGUGGGCACGUCGACAGGUGUGGUGAAUCUGCUGCGGGUGGAUGAUAAUUCGAAUGCGUAUUUGGAGUUGGGGCUGAAGAUUUCACGGACGUGUCAGGCGGUGGCGUUUAAUACGGCGGGGAGGUUGGCGGUGGCGUUGGAUCGGGUGAGGAGUGAUACUUGUUUGCAUAUUUGGGAUGUUAGUCGGUUGUCUGGUUCUGGUUCUGGGACGAAUGGGAGCGGGAGUGGGAGUGGGAAUGGCAGUAUAGGAGGGUUCCCGAUCGGGGUUGGUUUGCCGUCGGAGCCGGUGGAGAGGUUGGAGUUGAAUGCGUCGGUGUCGAGUGUGCGGUUUUUCGAGGAUAAUCCGAAUGUGUUGGUGGCGGGGGUUAAGGGGCAGGGGUUGAGGAUUCAUGAUUUGCGAGACCACAGCCAGGGCCCCGUGGCCCAAUUCCAAACCAAAUGCUGCAACAACCUCGCAAUCGACUACGCCGACCAAAACUACUUCGCCUCCUCCGCCCUCGACCUCCCCGGCGUCAUGAUCUGGGACCGCCGGGCCAUGAACCGACACUCGGCCAGCCCAGCCUACGCCAGCGCAGUCGGCCACGACGGCCGGCCCUGGGGCGGCGCCGUGUGGCUCGACCGCGCCGUGCAAGACGAGACGCGCGCCUCGGACAGCGAGAGCGAGAACUCGUUCAUCCGCGCCCUGCGUUUCUGCCGCGACCACCGCGGCAUGCUGGGGGUUUUAUCACGGACGGGCCAGCUGCGGGUGCUGAACCUGCGUCGGGAGCAUGUCGAAGCCGAGGGCCGGGUCGAUGGAAGUCCGGAGUUGUUGGAGGUUGCGCGGUCGUAUGAGCUGGAUCCACGGUAUGCGGAGCCCGGGCGGAAGAAUGAUAAGAUUGUGUCGUUUGACUGGGUUACGAUGGGCUCGCCGGUGCCGCAGCCGCGGGUGUUGGUGUUGAGAGCGAGCGGGGCGUUUGAUGUGCUGGAGAAGCCGUCGUUUACGGCGGAAUAUCCGUUUAGUUUGGUUCCCUGGCAGCCGCCGCAUCGGGGACAGCCGGACGGGGCAGACUACCAAGACCUGAUGCACUUUGAAGCCUCCUCCGCCCGCGACAUCUUCGGCCCCUUACUCACCGAGCAAGCCCUAUCAGACGACAUCCCCUUAUUCGGCCCACACAAACCCAGCAUCCGGUCCCUCGUCGAAAAGAGCCUCGCCCCGGACGCCCCCUCGACCCCUGCCCUGGUAACCAACAACGCCAACCCUCCCACCUCCUCCUCUCUACUCUUCGACCAAGCCACCACCAUAGCCGACAAGCUCAAAGCCCUGCGGCUAGCCGGGAACCAGGGCCAGGAGCGGCCGCCAGAGGACGCCAUGUUGCUGACCCAGCGGGAACGGCAUGAGCGUUUGUUGACUGAGGCGAGGGAGUUGACGGGAUUGUCGGCUAAGGAGCGGUUUGCAUUGGAUCAUACUAUGCUGUUGCGUGCGCAGGAGGGGUAUCGGUUUGAUUUUGGGAAGAAUCAGAAGAUUGUGGCGGAUGAUCCGUGGUUGACUGAUGUUUGGGUUUGGGUUGCUGGAGCGGAAGAGGCCGCGACCGAAGGCGGCAUGAUGUCGUAUCCCUUGGACAUCGGGUACAUGGGCGUGCACAACAUCUGGACCAAUAACCUAGGUACCAAACCGGAAAGACGACUAUCCGACGACUCGAGGCCUCCCGACGAGGCCGGCUGGGAGCGCUGCCUCAACGCCAUCAACAAGAAACUCGGCGUGCCCAAGUUUGACGGCACCGUCGAGACCAAACGCGUGCACCACCGUGAGAUGUGCCUCGCCGUGUGCACCCUCGGCCGGCCGUACGGCGCCGAGUUCAGGGAGGCGCUGUCGGGUUCUACUGUGAAAAGACCGUCGACUUGGUACACCAUGGUCGCUGCCCACGCUCUGUUCCGCGGCGACACCAAAGGGGCCGUCCAGGUGCUCAAGGUCGCCAGCACCGAGCAUCCUGAGCUACUAUUCGUCUCGCUGGCCUUACAAUUGAUCGGCAAAUCCGGAGACAAAGACGACGACACCAAAACCGCCCUCGACUUCGACGAGCGCAUCGCCUGCAAAACCGACCCCUACCUGCGCGCCAUCUCCGCCGUCAUCGCCACCGGCGACUGGGCCGUCAUCGCCGACCAGCGAACCCUCCCCCUGCGCGACCGCUGCUUCGUCGCCGUCCGCCACUUCUCCGACGACGCCCUCACCGCCUGGCUCUCCCGCGAACUCACCGCCGCCAUCGACACGGGCGACAUCAAGGGCAUCAUCCUCACGGGCAUCACCGACCCCCUCGUCGACAUCCUCGCCCGCUACGUGCACAAGUUCCACGACACCCAGACCGCUGCCUUGCUCCUGGGUGUCUGCGCCCCGCGCUUCAUCGACGAUAUUCGGGCUACGGCGCUGCGCAACGCCUACCGCGCGUACCUCCAGCGCCAUCGCGCGUUCUUUUUCAGGGCCAAGUUUGAUGUCGAGUCCACCCUGCGCAGUAAACACCACGGUCGUCCGACUGUUGCCCCGCCACCGCGGCAGAUCGGGUUGAGGUGUGUGUAUUGCGAUGUGGAGUUUAAGACGGAGUCGUUGCCCCCACUGACGGGGGGCAGUCAGGGGGCGACGCCUGCUUUCUUGUCGUCUACCUCUUCCGGUACCAGCUCAAGGGCACGUCAGAAACACCCCCAUCAGCAACACUCCCAACCCCAUCCCCAGCACCCUCAACACCAACACCCCCACCAGCAGCAACACCAACAACAUCACCCCCGACCAAAACACGCCCAACAAGAAGCAAACCCCUACACCGAAAAAAUGGUCGCCUCGGGAAUCAGCUGUCCCAGCUGCAAACAAAACCUCCCCCGCUGCGUCGUCUGUCUCGAAGUCGUCGGUAUGCCCCGGACCACCACCUCCUCCUUCUCCACCACCGGCCCUGGCACAGCCCCAGGGAUAGGCGCAGGGGGGAUAGGGAUAGGCGGAAGAGGGGUAGGAGGGUUAGGCAUAGGAGUGGGAGGGGGAGUAGUAGGGGAUACUAGAGGAACGGGUCGAUUCCCGACAUUUUGUGCGGCGUGUGGACAUGUGUUGCAUUUGGACCACGCGAGGGAGUGGUUUGCAAGGCACAGGGAGUGUCCGGUGCCCGAGUGCAGGUGUUUGUGUAAUACGAGGGUUAAUGAGGAGUUGGAGUAUUAG